UCAGAACAAGAAAGCAAAGUGGCCGUCUCUGUUGCUGCUAUCAGAACACACAGGCCAAGCUUAGAAGGCUGUUGUUUGGAAUGGCUACAGAUUACUUGUGGAUUGAAGGGAUCCCUUUCCACACAACUACUAUUAGAGACCUGAGGUCUUUGCAGAAUGAAUUCGUGGUGAGGGAUGAAGAUGUCAUCACACUGUCCUACCCAAAGUCAGGAACCAACUGGAUAAAGGAGAUCAUCAAUCUGAUCCACACCAGGGGAGACCCCAGCUGGGUGCAGUCUGUGGUCAGCUGGGAACGUUCCCCUUGGAUAGAGACCCCUGAGGGGCUUGAACUGAUCAAGAAGCAGAAAGACCCACGCUCCUACGCCUCCCACCUCCCCGUGCACCUCUUCCCCAAGUCGCUCUUCACGUCCAAGGCCAAGGUUAUUUACAUCAUGAGAAAUCCCAGAGAUGUGAUUAUUUCCGGUUAUCAUUUCCACAAGACAUUGAAAAUUACCAAAAAUCCAAACUCCUUUGAAGAAUAUUUUGAAUGGUUCCUUCGAGGAAAUGUGCCAUAUGGCUCAUGGUUUGACCACAUUGGCGGCUGGCUGCAGAUGAGAGGAAAACAGAAUUUCCUAUUGAUCUCAUAUGAAGAGCUGCAUCAGGACCUCAGAGCCAGUGUAGAGAAGGUCAGCCAAUUCUUGGGCAUGAAGCUAAGCUCAGAAGAACUGGACUCGGUCCUCAAGAAUGUAACCUUCCAGGCCAUGAAAGACAAUAAGAUGAGCAAUUUCUCUCUACUCUCCGAUAUCUAUAUGGAUCACAGAAAAGCAUGUUUUCUGAGAAAAGGAAUCGCUGGCGACUGGAAAAACCAGCUCACCGUGGCCCAGAGCGAAGCCUUUGAUAAGGUCUACCAGGAGAAGAUGGCCGGGCUCCCCCCAGGCCUCUUCCCGUGGGAAUAAUGGCCUCACGUGUCUGAAUCGGGUGCAAACGCUGAAUUUCCUGAGGUUCUUUGUGAACGGACUGCUCAUACAAUCCAUUAUACACUUAACACCAACCAUGUUCCUUAUUAACCUUAAGCCAGUGGUUCUCAACCUCCUGGCCCUUUCAAUACAGUUCCUCAUGUUGUGACCCAACCAUACAAUUAUUUUCAUUGCGACUUCAUAACUGUCAUGUUGCUACUGUGAUGAAUCGUCAUGUAAAUAUCUGAUAUGCAGGAUGGUCUUAGGCGACCCCUGUGAAAGGGUCGUUCGACCGCCAAAGGGGUCGCGACCCACAGGUUGCGAACCGAUGCCUUAAGCCAUGUCAGCUUCAGAAAGUGACACACUCAGCCCUAGCCGGUUUGGCUCGGUGGAUAAAGAUCGGCCUGCGGACUGAAGGGUCCAGGUCCGGUCCCAGUCGAGGGCACGUACCUCGGUUGCAGGCUUAAUCCCUGGACAACCAGUUGACGUCUCUGUCACAUCAGUGUUUCUCUCUGUCUCUCGCCCUCCCUUCUACUCUCUCUACAACGAUCCCCUUCUUUGUAUUUAUCGGAGCUGGCGGUACUGGGGCGGCGCUGCAUGCCCCCC